GCGGCGAGUCUGGACCGCCGGGAGGAGCGGACACCCUCCCCGACCAGCCCAGUCUCGCUGUACGAGUGGAUCUACGAGCGGUCGCCGGCCGCACAGACCGAGCACAGGAGCCGCCCGCCCAAACGGACGCUGAGCGCCGGCCUCCGACAGCCGACCGAGUCGCCCUCGCCCGACCCGGCCACCGAGGUCAGGGAGUCGUCUCCGUCGCCGCCCAAACGUCCGGCCUUUGUGGUGGACCUGGGCCUGCUGGACCUGGGCCGCGGCCCGCCGGCGGCCGAGCAGCCGCCGCCGCGCAGCGAACCCUCGCCGUUCGGCGCUGUCGGUCAGAGGCCAGCAGGGCAGACCGGCACGCCCCGGCCCUGGGGCGGCGACCGGGAGGAGCCCCGACAGGAGGACCCGUGGCCGCUGCCGGGCCGGGCCGCGCUGCCGGCGCCCAUCCAGCGGCCCGCGCGGCGCCCGGACCCGCCGCCGGCCGAGGAGCAGCGGCCGGCGGGGCAGCUGCGGUCACUAACCGAGGAGAACCAGAAACACCAGGUGAACAGCAUGCAGCACGACCUGGCCGCGUACGCGCUGCGGCGCGGGUCGCAGCCGGAGGAGCGGCGCAGCGAGCAGCUACUCUACGAGGAGCAGCGCCGGCGGCAGCUGCAGGAGGAGCAGCAGCUGCUGCGCAGACAGCUGCAGCUGAACGAGCAGCUGCACCGCGAGCUGCAGCUCCCAGAACAGCAGGCCCAGGCACAGAUACAGCGGGAGCAACAGAUUCACUUACAGCAGAUGCAGGCUCUGGAGCAACAGCACGCCUUCCAAGAGCAGCGGCGUUUCCAAGAGCAGCAGCGCUUACAAGAGCAGCAGCAGCAGCAAGUCUUUCAGCAGGGACCCGACUUUCGGCCCGGAGGCCCGGAGGCCAUGGAGCGGGAGAUCGAGCGGAGGCGGCAGCGCGCAGUACUCCUCAGCGAACAGAGGCGCCGGGAGGAGCUGUGGCGGGAGGAGGCGCUGCGUCAGGGUGCGCUGCAGCUGGCGGCCAACCGGCUGCCGCCGCCGCCGCACCACCAUCAGCAGCAGCAGCAGCUAUACCGGCAGCAGCAGCAGCCAUACCAGCAGCAACAGCAGCUACCGGAGGGCGCCUGGGGCGGCGUGGAUCAUCAGCUGUGGAGGACACCGCCGCCGCAGCAGCUACCACAGCCGGAGUUCCAGCAGGCGCCGCGUCCCGAGUUCCAGCAGCCUCUGCAGGCCGAGUUCCAGCAGCCUCUGCAGGCCGAGUUCCAGCAGCCUCUGCAGGCCGAGUUCCAGCAGCCUCUGCAGCCAGAGUUCCAGCAGCCAUGGCGACAUUCUCCGGACCCCCGGCAGCCGGCGGCUGACCAGGCGGCCUUCCAGCAGCAGCAGCAGCAGCUCCGGCAGCGCUUCCUGGGCCGCCCUGUUCUGAGAGCCCGCAGUCCGGAGCAGCCGGAGCCCGGGCUGCCCGAGCAGCUCCAUCAGCCGCCUCCUCCCGGCGGCGAGCGACACCGCUACCCGCCCGGCUUCUAGGGCCUCCCACAGGGGCUGACACUGGGCGGCUCCCCCCGACGGGAGCUGCCCGGGAGUCAGUGACGGGCCCACUAGGAACGUAUUCGAAUGCCGCGAUUGACCUGCACGGGUCGGCUGACUCUGCGCUCAGCCCGGUACUUUGUGCGGCUCAACUCGCCCCCGCUCGUGUUCUUGGCGCUGUCUGCCUCAGAUAAGCGCAGAAGAUAGUGGAGCGGCGCGUUCCUUUGCGAGACGGAUGGUUCAGUGUUCGCCACGUGAGUUGUCUAUCAGCUGCUCCUCUGAACCGUCCGCAUCCGGUGUCCAUUAUUUUCCCUUCAUAGUUCAUUCUCUGUGUGUCUGUUUUAUUUAUCGUCGGGCUUCCAUUUUAUCUAGAAUAGUAACUGGCUUGUUGGUAAUGUGUGGAUCAUAUUAGGAUCAUAUUAGGUCUUUUAUUAGGUUUUAGAGACUGGGAUUUGCUUAUUUUGGUAUGGGUGUGUUGUCUGUCCUGUCUUUUUCCGCCAGCACCUUUCGACGUUUGUCAUGCGAUUUUGACUUCAUCGGACAAACGUGACUUUGUGUUCUGAACGCUUUUAAUACAUUCAGGAAAAUGU